AUGCGUUUCCGGAUAUUUUUCUGUUCUAUUUUAAUACUAUUAUCCACGUGUCAAGGUAGAAAUCUACAUUUUUUAUAGAUUUUUAUAGCAAUUCCAGAAAAAUCAACAAUUUUCAGCAAAAAAAAUCAGUGGAGAUGCUGCUCCAGAAAAAGCUCAAGAGCCUAUUAAAGUUAGAGGUGAGUUUUGAUCUUUGAAGCUUUUUUUGAAAUUUGGUGUUUAAAAACACACACGAACAUAGUUAUUGUACUCUUUCAAGUGCACUUCAAUAAAGUGAAAGCUUUUUCUACAAUCAAAUGAAUUCCAGAUAUUAAACUGAUUGACCUUGACUCAUCAAUUCGACUACCUUCUCCACCACAAGAUUUGAUUACAAUUGGACCACCGGGAACAUUUCCAAGCACAACAAUAAGUCCUGAAAAAUCAGAGAUUGCAAGUUCACCAGCUCAACCUCCAUCAACUUUGAUCGAACCGCCAGCUGUUGAACCUAUCGACGGAAAGUUCAGAGGAAUUUAACAUUUAAAAUUUGAAAGAUCACAUUCAAUAAUUUUUACAGUAGAGGAAAGUUCGACGUUGACUCCGCCUCCAAUUAGUUCAACGAGUUCAACAGAUGGAGCAACGACUACUUUUUUGGUUACAAUUGAGCCAUCCACAACUAUUGAGGUAUAAAGUCAGAAACUCCAAAUAUUCAUAAGUUGAAAAACAUACCAUAAAAGUAAGGAGCAAGGGUUAAAGGCAGCAACAAAUCACAGAAUGAUAACAGAAAUUUUGAAACUUUUUUUCACAUUUCGAAAUUGCGGAGAAAUAAUUUUUCCUGAAAGCUAAGUUUCUGAAUUUGAAUUCAUUUUUAAUUCAAAAAACAUUUUUAGCAACAAAAAAUGCCGAAAACAAUAUUAAUUUUCAUAAAAUAUUACGUUUUUUGAAGACAUCCCAUUUCGCAGGUAAUCGUAGAAGAUGAUUUGGACAAUGAAAUAUCAGAUAUUCAAAAAGCUGAUGUUGAACAAGAAGAUCAAAUUAAUGAAAAUGACAUUAAAGAAUUGAUCGAAAAAACUGAAAUCAACAAAACCGCUGAUUUUUAUAUCACAUCUUCGAUUCCUCGUGAGUUUGCUCUGCUCCUGAAAAUUGAAAGUUAAUAUUUUCUUGAUUUCAGCCACGACAAGUGUUCUAAACGAUUCUUCAAUUGAUGAUGAUAUGAUGAUUAACUUUGAUGAGUUAUUCGAUAAAAAAGUUGAAUCAUCGACGAUAAUCAGUUCUACACAAGCACAAGAAAGUUCUACAUCCGAAUUUAUAACUUCUACUUCUGAACCAAUAUCAACUACGAUUGUUGAGAAAAAAGUUCCACACAAACAUUCCAAAACUUGUAUUCAUAUUGAACAACUUAAAAAUAUUGACAAUAAUACGAAACGUGAGUUUUCUUUGGAAACUUUAAAGUUGAAAUCCAUAUCAUAAACUUUUUUUUUACAGAUAUGAAAACUGGAACAAUCGAAGUUUCAGUGGAACUUCAAGAUGGCGAAAAGCUCGACUCCGCUGAAAAAUCUGAAGAAACUUCGGAAGAACAACAAGGAGAAGCUGAAAUUGUUGAAAGAAAAACGAGAGAGAAUCAAGAACCUGCGAAAUGUGAGUAAAAGAUUACUGUAGAUUUAUUUUGAACACAAUUUCUAUUUUUAGGGAAGAAAUAUGAGAUGGAUUGCUCGGCUGAAGAAGAUGAAAAAGGAGAAGUUUGCAAAUUAUGGGCUAAAAGUGGAUUGUGUAUGACGAAUAAACCGACAAUGUUCCUUUUCUGCAGAAAAACAUGUUUAUGUAUUGGACCAAGCAAUUAA